GGGAAAACCAGCAUGAGAAUUGAAUCCAGCUGAAACCUUCAUAACGCUGUUUGAUGGAAGAGGAGCACGAGAACAUGACAGAACAAAGAGAUACAGUGGACGUGAUAAAGGACGCACGAAAAACUAACACUAAGAAAAAGGCCUUCACAUGCCAACAGUGUGGGAAGAGUUUUUCAAGUCAGAACUACCUUAGGGAACACAAUAGACUUCACACUGGACUUAACCUUUUCACGUGCCAAUAUUGUGAAAAGAGUUUUAUAAAUCGAAGUUUUCUCAAGGUACAUGUGAGAAUUCAUACCGGAGAGAAACCGUUCUCAUGCCAACAAUGUGGGAAGAGUUUUUCAAGUCGGAGCUCCCUUAAAAAACACAUGAAAAAUCACGAAGAGAAACUGUUCACGUGCCAACAGUGUGGGAAGAGUUUUGCACAUCAAAUUUACCUUAAGGCACACGAAAGACUGCACACAGGAGAGAAACCAUUCACGUGCCAUCAGUGUGGAAAGAGUUUUACAUGGCAAGUUUGUCUUAAAGAACACCAACUCUCUCAUAUUGAAGAGAAGUCAUUUAACUGCGAUCAAUGCAGUAAAAAGUAUGUGACGGCAUCAAAACUUAAAAGGCACAUGAAGAGCCACACAGAUGUGAAGCAUUACAUCUGCACUGUUUGUGGAAAGAGUUUUUUAUAUGACCUCUGUUUAAAAAUUCAUGAGGCAACACACACUAACACGCGAGCUUAUAUGUGCUUAGAGUGUGGCAAAGCGUUUUUAACACCAAGCUGUUUGAAAAGACACCGGAGAACUCACACUGGAGAGAAGCCUUACAAGUGUUCAGAUUGUGGAAAGAGUUUUGCCGUGUUAGGAAAUCUGAAAACGCACAUGAGAGUGCACACUGGAGAGAAACCUUACGAGUGUUCAGACUGUGGAACGAGUUUUGCUACACCGGGACAUCUGAAAGGACACAAAAAAAUUCACACCGGCGAGAAACCUCACAAGUGUUCAGAUUGCGGAAAGAGUUUUGCCAUCUUAGGAACUCUGAAAACGCACAUGAGAGUGCACACCGGAGAGAAACCAUACGAGUGUUCAGACUGUGGAAAGAGUUUUUCUACAACAACACAUCUAAAAAUACACAAAACAAAUCACACUGGAGAGAAACCUCACAAGUGCUCAGAUUGUGGAAAGAGUUUUGCCGUGUUAUGUAAUCUGAAAAGACACAUGAGCGUGCACACUAGAGAUAAACCAUUCCCUUGCCCCUCCUGUUGGAAGAGUUUCAGCUCAUCACGUUAUCUAACGACUCACAAAGAAAAACAACACGGUGAAACGGCGACUUAAACUCUUGGUGGGUGCAGUGUGAGAAAGUUGGAUAUCUAUAGGAGAGUCUUGCUAUUUUCAGUAGUAAAUGAGUUUUCAUUAUAUGGAAGUGUGUAUUCAACAAGCAAAUUUGGUCUUUUGUAACUAAGUGGUUAUGAACAUAUCCUUUAACUGUAUCUUUUAAUAGUUUUUAGUCAUUCUUAUAUUUCUUUUGAUAAUAAAUGACAUUUUAUUAUAACUGUCUUCCGUGUUUUGAUGAUCCAGUAAAGGUUCAACGCAAUCUCGUGGCAAUUCUUACGUAUUAUAUGAUAUUCAUUCGUACAUCCACACUCGUUUGUUUUUGUACGAUUUGCUUUUCCCCAUGCAGGGUUCCUACAGGGUUUGGAAAAGUAUGGAAUUUGAUUUGAGUAAUUUCCAGGUCUGGAAAAGUAUGGAAAAAAAUAAAUCGUUUUCUAAAUAUAAAAUUAAGAAUUUCUAAAUGUAUAUGAUAAAUAUA